AUGAAAACUCCCUCCUCUCUGGAUCGAAAGUGGACCGAUAACAUCAACGCGCUCUGGCAAGCCAAGAUCCCUAAUCUGCCUACGCUCAAGGAGCACCUACCUGGAGCCGUCCUGGUUGCUUUCGAUUCCGAGGGUUGCAGCUCCGACUCCGACGGGCAUGCAAGCACCAACAAGAUCAGCGAACUAGGUUUCACGGUGCUAUGCACUGAUAUCGCGACUUCCAAGCCGUGCUACACGGGCAAAGAGUUCAGCGACAACAACGACACGCGGCAGUUAACUAUAUCACUACAAGAGAAACCAAACGUCGAACAAACCUCCGGCCGCGUCGUUCACGCAUCGCUCGCCGAUGUGGAAAACUUAGUGCGCGGCUUCCUUUCCAAAUUCCCAGGAAGACGCAUAUUAGUCGGCUACGACCUAAAUCGCGAACUCCGAUACAUCUCCUCCACCCUUUCAUUCCUCGCCGACUUCUUCAACGCCUGGGUUGAUGUGCAAGAACUAGUCUACCACUGCUGCAUCGAAAACAGUCCACCAACCCUCCGCAUAUACGAACAACAAGCCCUUGCCACCGCACUGCAGGCCAUGCGUUUCGCAGUCCCGUCAAAAUCCACCGCUACACGCGCGGUAAACGAUUGCUGCCGCAUACUGCAGGUCCUGACCGGCCUCGUGCAAGCCCUCCCCUUCAGCCUUCCUGGACCCCGCGGACCGCGUGUACCGCGCUUCUCGCUGUUUCCAAGCUUGCCGAAGCCAGACUAUGAGAAGCAUCCUUUUUCACUUCGCAUCACGCCGUCUGAUGGCCGGAGAUUCCCACCCGCAAGCCCGCGGGACGUAGCAGACGCGUUCAAUCAUCACGCAGGUCUGCGUGCUGUGGGACUAAAUUGGCGCAACGGGCGUGUGCAACGCGAAGGUGUAAGAUUCUGGUGGCUAUCGUUCUCAACCCACCAAGCCUUGCGCGAGUUCUGCAAGAGUGUGCAAGGGAGUUCUUUUGAGGAUGUUACACUAUGUGUAAUCUUAGACUUUGAAGAAAGGCAGGAGAUUGCGGUGGCUAAUAGGCAGCGCUGUGUUACUGACAAUAUCGGCGAAAGAUCGCCUUACCACUGCUUGGCGUAA